AUGGACGCCGACGAGGGCGAGGCCCAAGAGCUGCACCGCUUCCUCAUCCACCUGCCGAACGGCCAGCCCAUCCGGUCAGAUCGGGACAAGAAGGCCGUGUACGACGUGGUCAAGGCCCAGCUCCUGGGGUCGCGGCUGGAGGUGCACCCGCCCAGCCCCCCGUCUGGCGCGGGCCCGGGUGGAAAGGGCGGCCUGCGGCGUGUCACCAGCGAGCUGCACGAGGUCCCCUCCAGCCUGCUGAGGAACCUGGAGGACCGGUGGCAGUUUGGGUGA